ACGCCAGCCACCAAAUUAUAUGUUAACCAAUCACAUACACUAAUUUAGUAUAAUCAUGAUUAUAAAUAGACACUCAGCAUAACAAAUGCAUGUGGUGUGUGAAUUCUGAUACCAAGAUAAAUACGCCAAAUGCAAAAUACGAAAACAAGAAGCAAGAAGCAACUGAGGAAGAAGCAUUAAACAAAAUUGAAAUGAGAAUCAGAGUGUCUUACUUGUUAGUGCUAUGUUUUACCUUAAUUUGGUUCAGAUGGACAGUGGUGUACUCUUCAUUCAGUGAUCUCGAUGCACUGCUAAAGCUCAAAGAAUCCAUGAAGGGAGCCAAAGCCAAACACCACGCACUCGAAGAUUGGAAGUUUUCCACCUCACUCUCAGCACACUGUUCGUUUUCCGGCGUAACGUGCGACCAGAACUUGCGAGUGGUUGCUCUCAACGUCACGCUGGUUCCGCUUUUCGGCCACCUUCCGCCGGAGAUAGGGUUGUUGGAGAAGUUAGAGAAUCUCACCAUCUCCAUGAACAACCUCACUGACCAGCUUCCCUCCGACCUUGCAAGCCUCACCUCCCUCAAGGUCCUCAACAUCUCCCACAACCUCUUCUCCGGCCAAUUCCCUGGUAACAUCACCGUUGGCAUGACGGAGCUCGAGGCCCUUGAUGCCUACGACAACAGCUUCUCCGGUCCUCUCCCGGAGGAAAUCGUCAAGCUCGAGAAACUCAAGUACCUCCACCUCGCCGGGAACUAUUUCUCCGGUACAAUACCGGAGAGCUACUCGGAGUUUCAGAGCCUUGAGUUUCUCGGCUUGAACGCAAACAGCUUAACCGGGAGAGUCCCGGAGAGCUUGGCGAAGUUGAAGACGUUGAAGGAACUGCACCUCGGUUACUCGAACGCUUACGAAGGUGGAAUCCCGCCGGCGUUCGGUUCCAUGGAGAAUCUCCGCCUGCUAGAAAUGGCUAACUGCAACCUCACCGGCGAGAUUCCACCGAGCCUGGGGAAUCUAACCAAACUCCACUCCUUAUUCGUGCAGAUGAACAACCUCACCGGAACCAUUCCGCCGGAGCUAUCUUCCAUGAUGAGCCUCAUGUCACUGGACCUCUCCAUCAACGACCUCACCGGCGAGAUCCCGGAGAGCUUCUCAAAACUGAAGAAUCUCACUCUAAUGAACUUCUUCCAAAACAAGUUCCGCGGCUCUCUCCCCUCCUUCAUCGGCGACCUUCCAAAUCUCGAAACGCUUCAGGUUUGGGAGAACAAUUUCUCCUUCGUGCUGCCGCACAAUCUCGGCGGAAACGGAAGAUUCUUAUACUUCGACGUCACCAAAAACCACCUCACCGGGUUGAUUCCGCCGGAUCUAUGCAAAAGCGGGAGGUUGAAAACGUUCAUCAUCACUGAUAACUUCUUCCGUGGCCCAAUUCCCAAGGGAAUCGGCGAGUGUAGGUCACUCACGAAGAUUCGCGUGGCUAACAACUUCCUUGACGGUCCAGUUCCACCAGGGGUUUUCCAACUGCCUUCCGUUACGAUAACGGAAUUGAGCAAUAACCGCCUCAACGGCGAACUGCCUUCCGUGAUUUCAGGCGAAUCUCUCGGGACGCUCACGCUUUCCAACAACCUCUUCACCGGAAAAAUCCCCGCCGCGAUGAAAAACCUCAGAGCGUUGCAGAGCUUAUCCCUCGACGCCAAUGAGUUCAUCGGAGAAAUUCCGGGGGGAGUUUUUGAAAUCCCAAUGCUCACCAAAGUCAACAUCAGCGGCAACAACCUCACAGGUCCGAUCCCAACGACGAUCACUCACCGUGCUUCUCUGACGGCGGUAGACCUCAGCCGGAACAACCUCGCCGGCGAGGUUCCGAAGGGGAUGAAGAAUUUGAUGGACUUAAGCAUUCUGAAUCUCUCACGCAACGAGAUUUCUGGACCGGUUCCUGAUGAGAUUCGAUUCAUGACUAGCCUCACGACGCUGGAUCUCUCGAGUAACAAUUUCACCGGAACAGUCCCCACCGGCGGCCAGUUUCUGGUAUUCAACUACGACAAGACGUUCGCCGGAAACCCGAACCUCUGUUUCCCUCACAGAGCAUCCUGUCCUUCUGUCCUCUACGACUCGUUAAGGAAAACCCGCGCCAAAACGGCGCGGGUGAGGGCGAUUGUGAUUGGAAUUGCACUCGCCACGGCGGUGUUGCUGGUGGCGGUGACGGUGCACGUGGUCAGAAAGCGGAGGCUGCACCGAGCGCAGGCCUGGAAGCUCACCGCGUUCCAGAGGCUGGAGAUCAAGGCGGAGGAUGUAGUCGAGUGUUUAAAGGAAGAGAAUAUAAUUGGGAAAGGAGGAGCAGGCAUCGUGUACAGAGGUUCCAUGCCGAACGGAACCGACGUGGCGAUCAAGCGGUUGGUAGGGCAGGGAAGUGGGAGGAACGAUUACGGUUUCAGGGCGGAGAUUGAGACGUUGGGGAAAAUCCGGCACCGGAAUAUAAUGAGGCUUCUGGGGUACGUUUCGAACAAGGAUACGAACUUGUUGCUGUAUGAGUACAUGCCGAAUGGGAGCUUAGGGGAGUGGCUGCACGGUGCGAAGGGUGGGCACUUGCGGUGGGAGAUGAGGUAUAAGAUUGCGGUGGAGGCGGCGAGGGGACUCUGCUAUAUGCACCAUGAUUGCUCUCCUCUUAUUAUUCACAGGGAUGUUAAGUCCAACAACAUUUUGCUUGAUGCUGAUUUUGAGGCUCAUGUUGCUGAUUUUGGACUUGCUAAGUUUUUGUAUGACCCUGGUGCUUCUCAGUCCAUGUCCUCCAUUGCUGGCUCCUACGGUUACAUUGCUCCAGAGUAUGCUUACACGCUGAAAGUGGACGAGAAGAGUGACGUGUACAGCUUUGGCGUUGUGCUGUUGGAACUGAUCAUAGGGAGAAAGCCAGUGGGUGAGUUUGGAGAUGGCGUGGACAUCGUUGGAUGGGUCAACAAAACCAUGUCAGAGCUCUCUCAGCCGUCGGAUACUGCAUUAGUGUUAGCAGUGGUGGACCCUCGCCUCAGUGGAUACCCCUUGACAAGUGUCAUCCACAUGUUCAACAUAGCUAUGAUGUGUGUGAAGGAAAUGGGCCCUGCUAGGCCCACCAUGAGGGAAGUUGUUCAUAUGCUCACUAAUCCUCCUCAGUCUAAUACCUCCACUCAAGACCUAAUUAAUCUCUAGAUAAUAAACUAAGCUUUUUGUGGAUUAGAAGAUUCAGUUCUUUGGAAAAUAAAAUUAACGCAUGCAGAAGAAGCUGUGUAAAUAACUUCCAUAUGUACCUAGAUUGUGAGAAGUGAAACAACAUGCUAAAUGCAUAGUUGUCCUAAAUAUUUUCAAGUGUAAAAUAGGUAUGAAUUUUACAUUGAAAGGUGUUUCCCAAUUGUGUUUCAGGGAAUUUUGUACAAUGGAAUUUUGCACUAUUUCCCCA